UUUGAACGUCAAGUCUUAAAAAUAAGUUGUCAAUGGUCAAUUUAUAAAAUAUUCUAUUGCUACCUAAAUUUAAACGUUACUUGGUUGCAAUGUAAUAUGGAUUAUAUUCAAUAUGCCAAACAAAACGAAUCAUUAGAAUGAAAAAUCUGCUAAAUCAUAUUCGUGUGUACUGAUACGUACGCAUUUUAAAAAUGUAUCUUUCCUCUGUUAGUUCACGGUUAUUGCUUUACGACACUAAUAAUUGGGAGCUGAAAAAAUCUUACGGUUGUUAUGAUGGCGUUCUGAGAGACGUGUCGUGGAGUGAUGAUAGUAAAUAUAUCUUACAGGUAAAUGCUGCAGGGCUGAUUGAAGUUCUAAGUGCAGUGGACCAUGAUGUGAGAAGCCUACAGCAUGUUCCAUUAAAAGGCACCUGGUCGGGGAGCUUCCACAGAGAUGGACACAGAAAUAUAGCCGUUGGCACUACCAGUGGAAAUGUAAAGAUUUGGGACACAAAAAACAAAACUAUUACAAAAACAUUCCCAGCACCCACACAUCCAUCGUGUGUGCAUCUAAUAAGCUAUAAUGCCAAAAACACAAGUCUAGCUGCAAGUAUGAUAAAUGGAGAAACAGUUAUUUAUGGCCUCGUCUCUAACAUUCCAGUUCUAACUGUUAAAUUAAACUGCUCCAAAAGUAUAUCAGCCAUGAAGUUCCAUCAUGAGUCCAGAUCCCUACUUGGCUUGGCCACAGAUGAGGGCCAUGUUAUUCUCAGAGACAUUACAACUAAUAAAGACAGAGCAUUCUUUGAGAAUAUUCAUGCCUCACCAGUCAGCGACUUUGCAUUCUCUCUAAUUAAUAAAGAUGUCCUGCUCUCAUCUGGUUAUGACAAAAUUUUACAUGUUUAUGACAUAAGAUUACAAAAUGUAGUUUCAACAGUUAGAACGUCACAUACAUUGACAUCUUUAGCUAUAAAUAUUGAAAAUCAGGUAGCACUUGGAACAAAAAGUGGAAAUAUACUAGCAUACGACUUAAGAGAUUUGACAAGUCCAUUCAAAGUUCUUAAAGGGCAUGAAGAAGAGGUUUCCAAAGUAGCCUUCCAGCCUAUAAGAAAGAAAUCAUUUUCCAAUGACGUUAGUCUGAGAGAGGAAGUGGAAAACACAUCACCCCUAAAGACACAAUCAGUAAGACCAAGGACAUCUGAUUUGUUCUUUGUCAACGACACUCCACCAAAAAACAAUAUAGACAUGUCACCAUGCAGUGGUGAUAACAAAGCUGAUUCCUUUCUGGUGAUGUUAGGACUUGACAAAUCUAACAUGGAUUUUGAUGAUGACCCAAACAAGUCUGUGGAUAUUGAGAGAAAAAGUGACAAACACGAACUGAGGUAUCGUCAAUUAGAUGCUGAGAAGAAUAUCAGUAAAAUAUCAACACCCUUGACCAGCAGAGCUGCAGAUUUAGGGUUUCCAUCUCCGUUAUACAUUCCCAACGGUAUGGAAGAUGUUAGGGGAUCCUUAAAUAACCUCACAAACAUAAAACAGUGCCAAAGUAACACAGCAAACGCACAAAUUGAUAGCAAAUCUAUAGAGGAACUUAAAGAUUUUAUUAAAUUGUCUCUGUCGGAUGUGGCAGACGAGAAUCGAAAUUACUUCCUACACAUUAUGAUGGCUCUGACGAAACAGAAAUUAUAUCUAGAGAAACAAUUGGCCACAAUGACCCAGCAGGUGCAGAACUUGGUCCAAAACCAAAAUGCUCUGGUUGAAGCAAACAGAAAGUUAGCUCUUCAAAUAGAUCAAAUGAAGAUACAACAAAAUUUUUAAGAAAUUCCUAUCAUUAUUGAAUCUCAUUAUAAUAUGCCCCAAUUAAUGUUGUUAAGAUUUAAAAUAAUACUGCCUAUUAUUAACUUCAAAUUGCUGUUAUAUUUGUCAUCUAUGAAUUACUUUAAAUAUAAAUCAUUAAAAAUUAAUUGUUAGUAUUAUGAAUUUGUGCCAUGUUAAAAGUUCAAAUAAGCACGUUUUAGAAGUUUAUUUUGAGACAAUAAUAUGGUCUAUAUUUUAAAUUUCGUGAUGUUACUUGCAUGUGCAAUUAAUUGUUAUUUUGUUAAUAUGCAUGCUAUGUCAAUAAAUAUUUAUGCUACCUUAAA